AUGCCUCCUACUCUCAGUUUGAAUCCCCAAACUUCUUUGAAUCUCCAAAUUCCUCCGAAUCUUCAAAAUUCUUUGAGUGAUCGAAAUCCUUCGAGUUCUCAAAUUCCUUUAAAUGUGCAAAGCUUUCAGGUCCCAAUUGUUCAGUCAAGUCUUCCUGAUGUCUAUAAUGCUCAGAUUCCUCCUCCUUGCAAUCUGUCUGGUUCCUUUUCUUCUGGGCAUGAUGAGCUGAGCUAUAGAAAGAAAAAGAAGGAGGAUGAGGUUGUUGUAGUGGGGAAGGUUGAUAUCCCUAUUGUGGAUAGAAAUAAGGGGGAAGUCUGGCAGACUGGAAAAGAAAAGGCAAUGGUGCAGGAGGUGCAUAAAGUGACUCAGAGGAAAGAAUAUAGACCAAAAACUGUUGUUAGUCAUGGUGUGGAAAAAAGAUUUACUGUCUUGGGGGAUGCAAAUGAGGUUCAGGAGCAAAAUGUGGGAGCAGUGGAAUGUCCUGGGGGGGAACAAUGUAAUUUUCAAAACUCCUUUCCUGUAGGAGCUGCUUUAGUUAGUAAUGUUCCUAUUCAGAAUGAGGAGCGUUUCUUAGAAGUGCCUCAGGUUGCUCUGGUGGACCUUAUGCUAGAGAUCCAAGUCCAAUUUGAAGAUGCGAUGAUUCAGGAUAGUGAGGAAGAUAAUAAUGUGGAAGUUACUGAAGAUUUGGGUGCCAAUUGUGAAGAGGUAUCCUCUGUCCCUGUUCUUUUGACCAGUAGUAUCUCUGGUAUGAAUAUUAAUAACGAGAGGGAAUGUAUUGAAAGUGAUGGGGUGAGAUUUUUUGAACCUGUUAAUAAGGUGAUUGGUCAGAUUAAUAAUGAUGAAAAUGAUGUUGCUUUGGAGAAUCUGGGUGAGUGUAGGGUUAUGCUUUCUCCAUCCAAGGGUUCUUCAUUUAUUGUAGAUCAUCAAUUCAAUGUUAGAAAGGACUAUGAUGGUCCUUUGGAUGAUCAGUUGGGAUUGGUGAGUGAAAGAGUUCCUCCUAAUAAAGGGUACUACUAUGAUCAGGGUAGUUCUCACUCUAUGGGUUCUGAUAACUCUGUUAAUGAGGUAGAUGAAGGUACUAGAUUAAUUUCUAGUGGGAAGUUUCCUUCUAUUAAUGUAUGA